GCGUGCACUUAAUAUAAGUUUUAUAUUUUGCAGAGUGUUUUAAAGAUGAAUGCCGCAACUGUUUCAUUCGCUGUUUUCGCUUUAAUUGGGUCAAUCCCAUCCCUCUUUGCUGAGGCUGCCGCAAAGGACAUCAAGAUUAACAUUAACAAGAGCGGCGUCACCGCUGCUAAAGAUGGCAGCGAGGGUGUCAUUAACACCUUUCAAUCUGGAGCACCAGAGGGAUUCACCACCUACUACUUUGCACUCGGCGAUGGAAAUGGCAAUGCUGAGAGUGACAAGUUCAACUGCAGACCAGCCCACUUUAACGGUAAGACUCUUAUGGUUGGAAACACUGAAAUGACCCUCUCUGGCGUCACUGCCGUUAGCGUUUUCUGGAAGCAUGCUACUCCAAUCCUUAUCCACUUCAGACAGCCAGGUCAGAAUAAUGGUCACGUUUACUACAAGUACAAGGGUGGCUCUCUCUGGGAGGAGGUUGAUUUGACAAACAAGUCUCUUCCUCUUUCUGGUACUGCCCUUGAGGGCUUGCUCGCUGAGAUUGCCGAGCCCCUCAACAUUCCAGAGGGUGACAAGCCAGUUGAUGAAAUCGGUGGAUUCACUACCUUGUCUGUUGUUUCCAUCUCUGUUGCUGCCUUCUCUGCCCUUUACUUCUUGUAAGGGUAGCCUAAAUUGUUUUAGGUA